AUGUCAACAGGAAAGCGUUUGACGAAUAAACUAGCUGGUGAGAGGUCGCCCUAUUUGUUGCAGCAUCAGCAUAAUCCAAUUGAAUGGUAUCCAUGGGGCUUGGAGGCGUUUUCGAAGGCGAAAGAAUUGAACCGUCCGAUCUUUCUCUCAAUUGGUUAUUCUACUUGUCAUUGGUGUCAUGUGAUGGAAAAGGAAUCUUUUGAGAAUGAAGAAAUCGCUCGAAUACUGAAUAGUAAUUUCGUUAGCAUAAAGGUUGAUCGUGAGGAACGGCCUGAUGUUGACAAACUGUACAUGUCCUUUAUUCAGGUUACAACUACGGGCUCAGGCGGAUGGCCGAUGACCGUUUUUUUGACGCCCGACUUGGAUCCUAUAACAGGUGGAACAUAUUUUCCACCCUGUGACUCAUUCGGUAGUUUGGGAUUACCUUCACUUGUCAUCCGCUCCGAGCGCAUUGAAAUGAACGUGCGUCAAGAAAUCUCCGUGUUACAACCACAACGUGAAGCCCCUCCCAUAGAGACUGUGGCAAAGAGCGCGAUGCAAUAUAAAGCAUCUGCUUUCGACAAAGCACACGGUGGUUUUGGUAGGGCGCCGAAGUUUCCAAAACCUUGUGACUUAGAGUUUCUUAUAAAUCAUUUUUGUUGGACUAAGGAAAACUCGGAAAAAGAUCUUUGUCGUCAUAUGCUCGAUGUGACUCUGAAUGCAAUGAGCAUGGGAGGGAUCCAUGAUCAUGUCGGCAAAGGUUUCCAUCGUUAUUCCGUUGAUGCGGAAUGGCAUGUGCCACACUUCGAAAAGAUGUUGUACGACCAAGCGCAACUACUUGGUGUGUAUGCGGACUACUCCCGAUUAUUUGGUGGCAAAUUUAUCGAUGUAGUAGAAGAUAUCGCGCAAUAUAUGGAGGAAUGUCUUUCACACAAAGAUGGUGGGUUUUAUUCGGCGGAGGAUGCUGAUUCUCUACCAAAUGAAUCUUCAUUAGAAAAAAAAGAGGGUGCAUUUUGUGUAUGGAAGAUGUCGGAGGUAAGUCAACUGUUGAAAGAUUUGAAAAUUGGAGGAAACGGUGCUGUUGACAUUUUUUGUCAGUAUUAUGGUGUUAAAGAGGAAGGAAAUGUUAGCCGACAUAAGGACCCGCAUGGAGAGCUCAAAGAGCAGAACGUUCUAUGCAUAUUGCAGUCGCAUGAAGACUAUGCAAAACAUUUGGGAAUCGACAGCGAUUUGUUAAAUGCCGGGAUUCUGAAAGCUAAGUCCAUUCUUGCUGAAGCUCGUUCUAGACGCCCUCGUCCCCACCUUGACACAAAAAUGGUAACUGCUUGGCAAGGACUAGCUCUCACUGGCUUAGCAAAGGCUGCUAUGACCUCAUCACGUUUUGAUUUUGUUGAACGGGCAGUGAAGGCAGUGGAUUUCGUAAAGCGUUUCGUCAUAAGUGAAGACGGACAGCUACUGCGAUGCGCUUAUAGAGGCCAUGAAGGAAAUGUGGAAAUUCCGUUAGUUAAGAAGGCGUUAUACUUUGUAGUUGCCUAUCAGAUCUCCUUAUUAUCUCUAUCAAGUGGUGGGAGACCUAGAAUUGUUGAAGUUAAACGUGUAGGUCUUAAGGAUGAGAAGUUCUGGGACAUCGAAAAAGAGACUGGCUACUACAUAGGAGGUGUACAUGGAGACCUGAAAGUACGUGUCAUGGAAGAUCAAGAUGGCGCCGAACCAUGUACGAAUUCGGUUGCCGUAGGGAAUCUUAUUCGUCUCUACGAAUACUUUAAUACAAAAGGAUACAAAAACAAAGCGGAGAAAAUUAUCGAAGCAUACAACUCAUUCAUCACCGAACGAUGCUCUGUAUAUCUUGAUAUGCUUACUGUGAAAACACCAACUGUCUUUGUAUGCGCCGAUUUCACGUGUGGACCACCAAUAACUACGCUGGAUACACUGAAAGUUGAGAUGAAACGGUUGGCAGCUUCGCUGGACCACUGA